CAUUGAUUCAACAAAAUGCCAUGCUCAUAUUUUGAAAGAAGAGUUAACAAGUUUCCGAGUUCGACUGUGUCAGGGGUCUUUGGAGCUUGAUGCGGGGGUGCUGCUGAAAGCCUGUUCCUUCAGAAAAAAAAACAUUUACAGGCAGAAAAAAAAACCAGACUGAUUAAUCCCCGGGUUGUUUUUAAAAAACCGCUCCGGAAGAUGGUGGCUAAGCAGAGGAUCCGCAUGGCAAACGAGAAACACAGCAAGAACAUCACGCAGAGAGGAAACGUAGCCAAGACGCUGCGACCACAAGAGGAGAAGUAUCCCGUGGGACCCUGGCUGCUUGCCCUUUUUGUAUUUGUUGUGUGUGGAUCAGCCAUAUUUCAGAUCAUUCAGAGUAUCCGUAUGGGGAUGUGAGACGGAAGAAGCCUCUGGACUCCCCCCCCACCCAUCACCUGCCCCCCGCCAUGACCUCACCAAGCCCUGCUAGCCCGAACCUCCUGCUCACCCCUUCCAGAGAUCCAGAGACUGACACAAACGCGUCAAAUCAAGCAGACCUCAGAGAGGGAAGCUUACCCGACCGCCGCCUCCACCAGAGUCCUCCUUGAGACAUUCCCCUGCCCCGAUCAGCGUUUACAGUGUUGCAGUCUGUGGUACGGACAGCUUUUCUAUGGACAGUCUAAAACCACACUGGCUGGAGAACAUGUGUGUCUCAUUACUCAUUGAGCACCUGUGUGUGUGUGUGUGUGUGAAGGUGUGACUGUUAUUAUAAGAGUGUGUUUGGCCUGUGAUUCCUGCUGAAAAUGUGCCAUAUUUCUGUUUUAGUAUUUGUCUGUGUAAUGUAAAGAGAACCAUUUUUUCAAGUAAAUGUGGAGUAUUAAGGAAGUGCCCAGUUUUA